ACCUUUGACCCCGGCGCCGAGCGCGCGCGGCCCUCCGCCCCCCCCUCCCCGCGCGACCCGCAGCAGCAGGAGGCGGCGGAGACGCUCCCGCUGCCGCCGGCCCCGCCGAACGCCGAGCCCAGCACCGGGCCAAGUGGAGACGGGGAGGCCGGGAAGACGCCGCCUCCUUCUCCUCCUUCUUCUUCUUCUCCUCCUUCUCUCCUCUUUCCUCCCCUCUGGCCGGGUCCACCAACAUGGCGAGCGCUUCGUACCACAUCUCCAACCUGCUGGAGAAAAUGACAUCCAGCGACAAGGACUUCAGGUUUAUGGCUACGAAUGACUUGAUGACAGAACUACAGAAAGACUCUAUCAAGCUGGAUGAUGACAGCGAAAGAAAGGUGGUGAAGAUGAUAUUGAAAUUACUGGAAGAUAAAAAUGGUGAGGUGCAAAACUUAGCUGUCAAAUGCCUUGGGCCCUUGGUGAGUAAAGUGAAGGAGUAUCAAGUGGAGACCAUUGUAGAUACCCUCUGUACAAACAUGCUUUCAGAUAAAGAACAGUUACGUGACAUUUCAAGCAUUGGCCUUAAAACUGUGAUCGGAGAACUCCCCCCAGCUUCCAGUGGUUCUGCAUUAGCAGCUAAUGUUUGCAAAAAGAUCACAGGGCGUCUCACCAGUGCUAUAGCCAAACAGGAGGAUGUAUCUGUUCAACUAGAGGCAUUGGAUAUCAUGGCUGAUAUGCUGAGCAGGCAAGGAGGACUGCUUGUUAACUUCCAUCCUUCAAUUCUGACCUGUCUGCUCCCCCAGCUGACUAGCCCCAGACUUGCUGUGAGGAAAAGAACCAUCAUUGCUCUUGGUCACCUGGUUAUGAGUUGUGGCAAUAUGGUUUUUGUUGACCUCAUUGAACAUCUGUUGACAGAGCUGUCUAAAAAUGAUUCCAUGUCAACAACUAGGACCUAUAUACAGUGUAUUGCUGCUAUCAGUAGGCAAGCAGGUCAUAGAAUAGGUGAAUAUCUUGAGAAAAUAAUUCCUUUGGUUGUAAAGUUCUGUAAUGUAGAUGAUGAUGAACUAAGAGAAUAUUGCAUUCAAGCCUUUGAAUCCUUUGUUAGGAGAUGUCCUAAAGAAGUUUAUCCUCAUGUAUCUACUAUUAUAAACAUUUGUCUUAAGUAUCUUACGUAUGAUCCCAAUUACAAUUAUGAUGAUGAAGAUGAAGAUGAAAAUGCAAUGGAUGCUGAUGGUGGUGAUGAUGAUGAUCAAGGGAGUGAUGAUGAAUAUAGUGAUGAUGAUGACAUGAGCUGGAAAGUGAGACGUGCAGCUGCUAAAUGCCUGGAUGCUGUGGUUAGCACACGACAUGAAAUGCUUCCAGAAUUUUACAAAACUGUAUCUCCUGCAUUAAUAGCAAGAUUCAAAGAACGUGAAGAGAAUGUUAAAGCAGAUGUUUUUCAUGCAUAUCUUUCUCUUUUAAAACAAACUCGACCUGUGCAAAGUUGGCUUUGUGAUCCUGAUGCAAUGGAACAAGGAGAAACACCUUUAACAAUGCUUCAGAGUCAGGUCCCAAACAUAGUGAAAGCCUUGCACAAACAGAUGAAGGAGAAAAGUGUGAAGACUCGUCAGUGUUGCUUUAACAUGUUGACUGAGCUAGUAAAUGUACUACCUGGAGCCCUAACACAACAUGUUCCUGUACUUGUACCAGGAAUAAUUUUUUCACUGAAUGACAAAUCAAGUUCUUCUAAUCUGAAGAUAGAUGCUUUGUCCUGUUUGUAUGUGAUCCUCUGCAAUCAUUCUCCCCAAGUCUUUCAUCCUCAUGUUCAAGCACUGGUACCUCCAGUUGUAGCUUGCGUUGGAGACCCAUUUUACAAGAUAACAUCAGAGGCGCUCUUGGUUACUCAACAACUUGUGAAAGUCAUUCGUCCUUUAGACCAGCCUUCUUCCUUUGAUGCUACUCCUUACAUCAAAGAUUUGUUUACUUGUACAAUCAAGAGAUUAAAGGCUGCUGACAUUGAUCAGGAGGUGAAAGAAAGGGCCAUAUCUUGCAUGGGUCAAAUAAUUUGUAGCCUUGGUGACAGCCUAGGCACAGACCUGCCUAGUACACUUCAGAUAUUCCUAGAAAGACUGAAGAAUGAGAUCACUCGGUUAACUACAGUGAAGGCCAUGACAUUGAUUGCUGGUUCUCCUUUGAAGAUAGAUUUGAGACCAAUCCUUGGGGAAGGAGUUCCUAUUCUUGCUUCUUUUUUGAGAAAGAAUCAGCGGGCUUUGAAACUGGGCACUCUUUCUGCUCUAGAUAUUUUAAUUAAGAAUUACAGUGACAGCUUGACAGCUGCCAUGAUUGAUGCUGUUCUGGAUGAGCUUCCACCCCUGAUUAGUGAAAGUGAUAUGCAUGUAUCACAGAUGGCCAUAAGUUUUCUGACAACACUGGCUAAAGUAUAUCCUUCCUCCCUGUCAAAGAUUAGUGGGUCCAUUCUCAAUGAACUUAUUGGGCUGGUGAGAUCACCUCUACUUCAGGGUGGAGCACUUAGUGCCAUGCUAGAAUUUUUCCAAGCUUUGGUUGUGACUGGUACAAAUAAUUUAGGCUAUAUGGAUUUACUGCGUAUGUUGACGGGUCCAGUAUACUCACAGAGCACAGCACUUACUCACAAGCAGUCUUACUAUUCCAUUGCCAAAUGUGUUGCUGCCCUUACUCGAGCCUGCCCUAAGGAAGGACCAGCUGUUGUAGGUCAGUUCAUUCAAGAUGUCAAGAAUUCAAGGUCCACAGAUUCCAUUCGGCUUUUGGCUUUGCUCUCUCUUGGGGAAGUUGGGCAUCACAUUGAUUUAAGUGGACAAAUUGAGCUGAAGUCUGUAAUACUAGAAGCAUUCUCUUCUCCUAGUGAAGAAGUCAAAUCAGCGGCGUCUUAUGCAUUAGGCAGUAUUAGUGUUGGCAAUCUUCCUGAGUAUCUUCCAUUUGUCUUACAAGAAAUAACCAGUCAACCUAAGAGGCAAUACCUUCUUCUUCAUUCCUUGAAAGAAAUAAUUAGCUCUGCAUCAGUCCUUGGUCUCAAACCAUAUGUUGAGAACAUCUGGGCCUUACUCCUGAAACACUGUGAAUGUGCAGAAGAGGGUACGAGGAAUGUUGUUGCUGAAUGCUUGGGCAAGCUUACAUUAAUAGACCCAGAAACUCUACUUCCACGACUCAAAGGAUACUUGGCAUCAGGAUCCUCAUAUGCUCGAAGUUCAGUGGUUACUGCUGUCAAGUUCACUAUUUCUGAUCAUCCACAACCCAUAGACCCACUCUUGAAAAACUGCAUAGGUGAUUUUCUGAAAACACUGGAGGACCCAGAUCUCAAUGUCAGGAGAGUAGCCCUAGUGACGUUUAACUCAGCUGCACACAAUAAACCCUCAUUAAUAAGGGACCUCUUAGAUACUGUGCUUCCUCAUCUUUACAAUGAAACAAAAGUCAGAAAGGAAUUAAUCAGAGAGGUGGAAAUGGGACCAUUUAAGCAUACAGUUGAUGAUGGGUUGGACAUAAGAAAAGCAGCUUUUGAGUGCAUGUAUACUCUUUUGGAUAGCUGCCUGGAUAGACUAGAUAUAUUUGAAUUCUUAAACCAUGUUGAAGAUGGCCUGAAGGAUCACUAUGAUAUCAAGAUGCUGACCUUUUUAAUGUUGGUGAGGUUGUCUACCCUUUGUCCAAGUGCAGUGCUGCAGAGGUUGGAUAGGCUUGUUGAACCUUUGCGUGCUACAUGUACAACUAAGGUAAAGGCAAACUCAGUGAAACAGGAGUUUGAAAAGCAAGAUGAACUGAAACGAUCUGCUAUGAGGGCAGUAGCAGCGCUUCUAACCAUUCCAGAAGCAGAGAAGAGUCCAUUAAUGAGUGAAUUCCAGUCACAGAUAAGCUCUAAUCCUGAGCUGGCAGCCAUCUUUGAAAGUAUCCAAAAAGAUUCAUCAUCCACUAGCUUGGAGUCAAUGGACACUAGUUAGAUGUUUGUCCAAAAUGGGGACCAUUAUGUUGAACCAUAUGAUGCACUGAAUUGACAGGUUAUGAGUAAGAAACAGAAAAAGUAUCUAAUCUACGCGUUGUUCCACUUUAUUUACAUUUAUGGAGACAGUUGGCUUUUCCCAUUGUUGCUUUUCUAGCAUUUAUUCCAGAAAUGUAUUUCCAUAAUCCAGAGUUUGUUAAACACUCUUGUUUUAGUGGAUUUGGCCACAUUUGGGAAUUAAAAAGUUGACGCAUGGUGUAUGGAAAUAGGUUCCAACGUCCAUUUGCCCUGUAAUGUUUAGGAUUAAAAUGUCAAAAUUUUGUGACCACGAUUUUUUUUUUCUUUUAUUCACUCUUUCUACUUGUAAACAAAAAGAGGGGGGAGGUGGGAAUCAAGUGUCCAAGUGCACCAUGCUUUUGUAUAACUUUUUAUUCUUUGUUGUUUCAGCUUCAUAAAUUGGUUUGGCUGGCAGAUGAAUUCUGUGUAAGAUUUAUUAUAUUAAAGAGAGGGUUUGGGCACGUUCAAAAAAAGCAGACAUAAAUGUCAUUUUUAAAGGUGUGGGGGAUUAGAAAACAAAUAUCCCUGUUGUGCACACUAAUUUUGCAUGAGCAAGUUUGCAAAUAUAUAUUGUCUGUAAAACAGCAUGUGCAGUUUAUUCAUAAUGCAAGUUAAAAUAAGUUCUACUCUGUCAGUGCAGUUUUCGAGUAUUUUGACAAUACAGAGCAUUUGUACGGGAAGGGAUGAAAGAAGGUUGUAGUCUUAACCCGGCUUUUUUAGAUGCCAGUAGUAUGAGCCUGCAGAUGUUCUUACAGUAAAUAUGACAACUCCUGCAGUUUUCAUGUUUUUUUCAUACUCAAAGGCUGGACAAAUCAGAAGAUCAGAGUGAAACAGGAUGAAGGGGAGGUAAAAUAAGCAGAGAACAACAAUAGCUGCUCAGUGGCUGCUGAACUUUGGUUUCAGCUUUGCUUUCGUUGUAAAAGAAAUGAGGUUCAUUCAGAGGCUUCUACCUCCUGUUCUUCUUCCAACAGCUUUUGUUAAGGCACUGUUAUACCGUGUUACCUGUCAAAAUAUUUCCUGACACGUAGAACCACCAGUAGGUUGCAGUGGUGCAAGUGUCAUACAGUGCUCUGGUGAUGUAGGAAACGGGGAAUGGUCUUAAGACUGGAGAAAGAUAGAAAGUGAACAGAUACAAGAAGAAAAACUUGCCAUGAUUAUGCUGAGGUAAUCUAGAAGUGUAUGAGAUGGCUAUAGCUGGAUUUGGGAAUUUAAUAGCAAAAGAUGGGGAACCACUGCCUCAAAUUGAGACUUGUCAUUACUGGGUUAAUGCAAUUGCUUAGAUGUCUUAUUUUUUUUUCCUUAGUCAGAUCUGGAUCAGAUUUUUCUCUAGCUAACUGGUAUUUUUUAGCUAGUUUGAUAUUUUGGAAACCUGUUACAUGGCUACGUGGCAUAAGGUGCUACGUGACUAAACAAAUACAUGUUUUUAUGACCUCAGAGACAGUUUCCCGUGAGCACUGGGAUUCGAGGGCAAAUUCUUCACCUUAUGUGCUUGCAGCUUGGAAAAAACAGGGGAGAUAUUGGUGCAUUUUAGGAUCUGAACGAAGAGAUCUAUGAACUCAUUCAGAAGUAACAAUUUUAAUGCUGUAGAAAUUUUUGAAAUUGUAGCUGUCUCUGUCUCCAAAGUCUUCAUACUAAUGUAACAAUUGUCUUCUAGAAGUAGAAAUAAAUGAGAUUAAAUGUAUCAACAUAUCUAAAUGUCAUGAAAAAGAAUGGGACGACUCUAGAGAGAAACCGUAUGGUAGAAAAAGCACUGUGAAUUAGGUGCAUUUUAUCUUGCUGUAUUACUCAUCUACUUCAAUUGCAGCAAUAUAUAGGCCUUCUAAUUAAGAAUCUGUUGUGCUAAUUAGUUUUCAAACUGAUCUUGGAACUUUUGUUUUAAGUUUUUUGGAGUGCAUUAAAGUGUUUUAUAGACCUAAAGCUAGGUGUGAGAAUGAUAUGAUAAACAUGAGAUGUAAGGCUAGAAUAUAUAAAUGGAAGAGGUGACAAAGGUAAGUAAAUGGAACACUUGUAUUCGUAGUUUUUAUUUGUAGAGACUUCUGUGUCUUUAUGUACUACCAUAACGCUUAAUGGGGUGGAUGCAGAUGUUCCUCACUUUGUUUUACAGUACAUUAUAGCAGAGCGAGCUUAAUGACAGAAGAGAAGGUUGAGCUGUAUUAUGUAGUGAAUGGUUUCUUGUAAGAGCGAUUUUCGCUUUGACCACUGAUGAAGCAGGUAGGAACAGAAGAAUUAAGUCUUCCCUGUCAGUUAUAGAAUUUCGAAGAGUACCGUUCUGUCCAAGUAGCAGUUGGUUGUUUUGGCAGUGCAGGAAGACAGGCUCUGUGACUGCACUGUGAUUACUGAAAUUAUUAAUUAGUUUUAUAAAAGCUGACCUGGUUACGUGUUCACAUUCCACUAACUUUCACUGUAUCACUUGAUUGAAAGAUGUCUGGUUUUUUCCCACUGCAUAUUUGGGUAAAUCUGGUGUACUUACGCUUUUAGUGCUAUUUGGUUCGGGUAAUUCUGUUACAGAUUAUGUCAGGAAUACGUGUAGCUGUUCUUUAAAGGCUAAAUAUCUGAAACUAAAAUAUGAAAUUACUAAAACAAAACCAGAGUUUUGAAAGGCUGCUCUUGAACAUUUUUAGUAUGAUUAGAACUGUCUCUAGAGAUUUUCAUCAUUUUGCACACAGGCAAUUGAAACCAAUUAGUAGGUUUGCACAUAACAUAGAAAUGGUUGCCUGGUCCUCGUGUUAUAGAUCCUUGUCUAUAAAUAUCUUUGUAUCUCAAAAGUACUUAAUGCUCUGGUUUUCCAUAAAAAAAUCUUGCCAUCCUUGCGAGGGAGGUCUUUUCUAGAAUUAUAAAUCCAAAACUGCAAGUACCUUAAGAAUGCUGCACUUAAAUAAUGUAAAUUGAUUUUUUAAAAAUAUAAUUUCCCUUCAAAAAGUUAAAUCUAAUAUAGCAGUUGACAAAACAAAAACAGCUGAACUACUUCCAGAUCGUAUAUUUAUGAAGUGAACAAAGCAGUACAUAUGCGUGAAAGCAGCAUUGCUUCUCUCAGAUGAAGGACUAUUUUACCAUUUCAUAAUUUCAAGUUAGAAAUACAAUUUAAAAAUUCAUAUCUGCUACUAUUGGUUUUGGCUUGAUAUAAUCGGUAAUGAUGCUAGGAACAAGUUUACCCUGCUCCAGUGGACUGAUCAGUAGUAGCGAUUUAGCAACUGUUCUCAUAGCUCUUACACCAAAACUGACCUAUUUCAUAAGGAUGCCUUUAUAAUUUUCCGUUGUGUGUGAGUUUGGAGGAGGUGAAGUAAAUUGGAGUUCUUGAGAAUAAUGAAGUGAAUUAAUCUUCCAUGACCAGUGUUGGUGGAGCAAAGUUUUCUGCAAGAGGUGCUUUUGUGAGGAUCAGGCAAUUUUAUCUUGGUAGGAAGUUAGACUUCUUUAGAUUUGUUUCCACCCCAUGAGGCUUUAAUGUUUGUACAUAAUAUUCGAUAAGGACAAAACUGCCUUUGGAAAGGUCAUCCAUCCCCUAAAACAAAUAAAAGGGUUUCUGUUGAUUUUAGUCUCUAGAACAUGAUUUAGAGCAUAACCCUGAACCACAGAAGAAAUAAGUGUGUUUGAGAAGCACACAGAUGCUGGCUGGAAGAUAGAUGUUACCUGAAGCGUAGCACUGAGAAAGAGAAAAUGAAACCCUUAAAAGUGAGAAUGUUUUCAUUUGAAAUAAUUCUUCUUUCUUUUGUGUUCUGCCUUUGAUCAUCUUUUUGAAGAACAGGAAAUACAGAAGGGAAAAAUGUAAUUAGCAAGCUGUGAACUUCUGUGAUCCCAGGACUUGAGGGUUUAAUUUCUAUUCCCUGCUGUUUCCUUUGAAAAAAAAAAGUUCAACCAGAGGUAUUUUGAUAAAAGUAUGUCGUAAUUCUGAAAGGACUCCUUCUGAAGGAGUUAACUGUAGUUUCUUUAUUUUUUCUUUUAUUCUGAAGAAAUUCUCCUUCAUAUGUGGAUUUCUUCCACAUGACAGUUUGGGUGCAGUUCAAUACAGCUGCUGCAAACUUCAGGAAAUAAGCUGUGUCACUUGUUUCAGUGCAAUAAAGAUGUUCCUUGAGCAGAAGAAUUUUGCAACUGACACGUUCCCAAUGUUCUUUUAUUAAUAGAUUAAAAAAAACCCACAAAAACGUACAUAUAUGUCUGGUGGCUGAAGCACUUCCUGUAUGAGGACAGGUUGAGAGAAUUUGGCAUGUUUAGCCUAAAGAAGGGUCUGGGGGAACCUUAUAGCAGCCUUCCAGUACUUGAAGGGGGCCUGCAGGAAAGGUGGGGAGGGGCUGUUGAUCAGGGAGUGCAAGGAUAGUACAAAGCGUAAUGUUUUUAAGCUGAAAGAGGGGAGAUUUAGAUUAGAUAUUAGCAAGAAAUUUUUACUGUGAGGGUACUGAGACACAGGAACAGGUUGUUCAGAGAAGUUGUGGAUGCCCCGUCUUUGGAGGUGUUCAAGACCUGAUUGGAUGAGGUUUUGGGCAACUGGGUCUAGUGGAA